GUCCUUCAGACUCCACAUGCGCAAACCAUGGAAGCGUUCAGCUUGUGUUGGGCGCUGAGCUUCCCGGCUAACUCUCGGACGACCUGGACGAGAACACCACAUCGUUGAAGCCUUCCCGGUUUCGGGUGAUUUCGAUGGCAAAAAACUGGAUCCUGGUGGCUGAACACAGGAAGAAGAUUGAGAUUACAGACGGCGAUGACGCCAUUUGAGUCAUGGCAACCCACCAAAGAUGGUGUUCUCCUCCGUGUAGUCCUUCUCACAGUCCAAGCGCAGCAACGUCCCGUAGUUGAAGUCCUCCACCAGGUCUUCGUAUCGGUUACAGAAAGGUCGCCACCUCUGGACACAGACGCUUCUGCUGCUUUACCACAAUUUGCGCAGAUCGCAAAUUGGCCCUGAGACACUCACCUCUUUGGCCUCGGCCGACUUGAGGUCAUCAGGCUUCAGCAGCUUCACCUGGAGAUCCUUGAAGGCUUCUUUGAAGGAUGAGUAGAUGUCAUCGUCAAGCUUUGUCAGCUUCAGGAACUUCGGAUCCACGGAAGAAAUGAGCUGAAGAAGACGAAACGGUCACUUCACCGCUGUGUGACGUCCCAAGUACCCCGUGGGUGAAACUCACGUUGAAGUAGACCUCAGCGUGGCUGUAGGCCUUCAUGGCCCACAUCACCUCCAGACGCUCCUGAAAGACCAGGUGAGGACUCCAGUCAGAGGCUGACAUUGAUGACAGGUUGGUGGCCAAAAUGAGCACUCACGUCAUUCCCGUAAGCCUCCGCAGGAAGAGACAGCGCAUGCGCAGCAGCCGAGGCUCCGUCAGGUCCCUGAGAAGCCAAAACACAAGUUUGCUGCGUCAACACAAACUCGUCACGUCUAGAAAACGUCAAACUCCAUCACCGCUGCAAACAAGCGCUGAUCGUCUCUCCGCUUGUUUACCUGCAACACGUGUUUACCUCCUGUUAGCUUAGCAUUAGCCGCCGCAUACCUUCUGAUUUUUUAAUUCCUUUUGUUUCUCACAUACUACGCAAUGUAGACAAGAUGACAACUGGGGAGGCGGCGAGCGUGACGAUAAAAAGGCAACGUUUGAAGCUUGUUUUCUUACCAGCGAGGCGAAGCCAUUGCUCGACGCCAUCUUUGUUGACCAGAGAUCGUCUAUUCUGCGAAGAUGGACCGGCUCGUAGCACAUUUCCUGCUUGAACUGCUUGUGCUUCCUAGUCACAAGGUUACGGUAACGAUCUUCACCAAGACAUAACAUUAUACCUGUACUUGUCGUCUUCAAGUUAGUCUAGUAUAUUAUGUAUAUUUAUGAAUAUAUAUUCAUAUAUAUUCAUGUUCAUGAAACAGGUGUCAUUUCUGCACGCAUUCAUUUGGAACCUUGUUUUCAUUGUUAGUUAGUCUUGUCCAUCAAGCUGACAGGAAUGUUGCACCAUUUGGACUGAAAGAAGACAAACUAAAAGCAUGACGUCACAGCAUCUUUCUCCUCCUUUCCUCCGGAGGAGGUUGUCACGUGACACCUGCCCGUCGUUCUCCUCCUGGCGUGCACGAGCAUCGACGCUGACUCGGCGCCCCUGGAAGAAACCGGGACCAAAGUUGAUCUCCUGUCAUGAAUAAGGUGGAGGGUCGGGUCACUCCCGUCAACUUGGCGUCCUCACAAGGCCCCAGCAUGCCGGGCUCCCCCGCCACCGCCAUCACGGCACGUGUGGACGAGCAGGUGGUGCCGUACCGGGACCUGGCUGCGCUGCCCCGAGAUAAAGCGAUCCUGCAGGUGGAGCGACCCGACCUGAUGACCUACCAACCGCACCUCAGCUUCUCACCGCUGGACCCUCCACGCAGAGAGCGAUCUCUGUCUCCGCCCGCCGCCUCCCCCGCCAUGUCUCCUGAGGUGAAAGGACGGCGAGCAGAAAGUGACAGUGGCUCCCCCGGAGGCUCCAUGCUGCAACUGCAGGCCGGACGCAAAAUCAGCGCCAGCCUGCAGCACUUCCACCGACCAGAUAACGGAGCAAACAUCUACAGGAAGCCUCCCAUUUACAAACAAGAAGGUUUCAGACACCCUGAAGGUCGCGGGGUCAUCCAGUCGGCAAAGUUCCCGGCAGCUCAGCCUCCAGACCCCAACCAGCCGUCCAAGAUCGAGACGGACUUCUGGCCCUGCCCGCCCUCGCUGGCCGCCAUGGAGAUCGAGUGGCGGAAGAAUAAGAUGGAGGAAGAAGAUGACGACUUUGAGGACUUGACGGAUGAAGCCAAGACGCUGCAGGAACAGGAACUGGAAAAGAUCAAGUCCAACCUGGGACGUCUGAUCCUGAAGGAAGAGAAGGAGAAAGCUGCGGGCUUUCGGAGGAAGACGCAGUCGCUGCCCGACAGAGGUCACAUGCACACCAGUCUGGCGGCAAGCGGGUCCAAGUCUCCGUCUCGUUCUGGCUCCGGGCUCACCAGAAUGCAGUCGGCCGACUUUUCCAUGGACGCGGCACGUGCAGAAUGGCGAGGCCCAAAUGGAGCGCAUGGACAGAGGAAACUCGUUGCCGAGCAUCUUGGAGCAGAAGGUGUACCCCUACGAGGCGCUGAUGGUCACCCACAGGGGGCGCUGCAAGCUUCCCCCCGGAGUGGACCGCACACGUCUGGAGAGACAUCUGGACCCACGCGAGUUCCAGCAGGUGUUUGGGAUGAGCGCCGGUGAAUUUGAGCGCCUGUCGCUAUGGAGACGGAACGAACUAAAGAAGAAGGCGUCGCUCUUCUAAGAGGAUGCGACAUCACGGCUGAAGAUAAACAAACUCUGUGUGCUUUGCAGGCUCCGCCACGCACGCUAACCAAUGCUAGUAGGAAGCGGCUUGUGUUGUCAUGGUUACCACGUGCACCACAAGCACUCUCCGGGUGACUCGCUGGGCUCUCAUGAGGAAUCGUCCAAUCACAACAUGGGACUUUUAUGUGUUGUUUGCCGCCAUGUUUCACUGCUGCCAAUAAACCAACAAACACU